AUGGAAUUUUGGGUUCCUCAGAGGCCUUCUCAGCCACAGGGGAGGCCCCGGGCAUCAUCUACUGGUCCAGACCGUGACCUUCAGAAAGAUGGCUACCGCCGGCCUGUUCCUCAAUCUUGGCAUACUGGAGAGAGGUUCCAUCAAUGGCAAGACAUCCGUGGGAGCCCCCAGGCCCAGCAGGAACCUUGGGCAGACCAACAGCCUCAUGCAUUGAGAUCUGGGGAAUGGCCUCCAUCUGUAUCUGGGGUUGGUUAUUAUGAAGGUGGUUACCCUGGUCAGUUGUAUGCAAGACCAGGUAUUGAGGAUCCAUAUCUGAGUUAUUACCCUCCAAACCUAAGGGAGGACUAUGCUUAUGGAGGUUACUAUUAUCACAGACACCCACAGCAGCUACAGGAUGAAAGAGUGCCAAGGCAAGGGAGUCCUUACACCUGGCAUGAAGAUUAUCGAGAUCAAAAGUACGGAAGUGACGAGCAUCAUGAAAACCAGAGCAGUCCUUUUGGAACAAACAGCGAAACCCAGCCCCAAUCUAAGAGUUGGAACACUUAUAAAGACAGUCCUGCUUCUCACUCUGGGCAGGAGAAGGCAGGGGACCUGUUUCCUGAGAAUCUGCAAACUGGGGCCCAGAAGAAGCUCUCGAUGACCAGGGAGUCCAACCUCCUUCAGCAGCAGGAGUCUGGUCUCAGCUCUAGCAGUUAUGAGCUCAGUCAGUACAUGGCAGAUGCCACAGACUCACCAGCACCCAUGACUUUAACAGCUUGGAGUCCAAUUCAGGCUGAGGAUGUCUCCACAGCAAGUCCCAAUGCACCUGUGAAGUUCUACAUCCCUCACGUGCCUGUGAGUUUUGGCCCAGGUGGUCAGCUAGUACGUGUGGGUCUCAGCUCUCCUAGUGAUGGACAAACGGCCCUUGUUGAGCUGCACAGCCUGGAGGUUAUUCUUAAUGAUUCUGAGGAGCAAGAAGAAAUGAGGGCUUUCUCAGGACCCUUAAUCAGGGAAGAUGUACACAAGGUGGAUAUCAUGACAUUUUGCCAGAAGAAAGCAGCUCAGAGCCGCAAAUCUGAGACACCGAGGAGCAGAGACUCAGCCUUACUGUGGCAACUGUUGGUUCUCCUUUGUCGACAGAAUGGGUCUUUGGUGGGGUCCGACAUUGCCGAGCUGCUGAUGCAAGACUGUCAGAAGCUGGAGAAAUACAAGAGGCAGACCCCGGUGGCGAACCUCAUCAACCUGACGGAUGAGGACUGGCCGGUGAUGAACUCGGGGACUCCGAACCUGCUCACCGGGGAGAUCCCCCCCAGUGUGGAGACCCCGGCUCAGAUAGUGGAGAAAUUCACUAAACUGCUCUACUUUGGAAGGAAGAAGGAAGCCUUGGAGUGGGCCAUGAAGAACCAUUUAUGGGGCCAUGCUUUGUUCCUAUCCAGCAAGAUGGACCCAAGGACCUAUAAUUGGGUGAUGAGUGGCUUCACCAGCACUCUGGCCCUCAACGACCCCCUGCAGACUCUCUUCCAGCUCAUGUCGGGGAGGAUCCCACAGGCAGCCACGUGUUGUGGGGACAAGCAGUGGGGAGACUGGAGGCCUCACCUGGCCGUGAUUCUGUCAAACCAAGGCGGGGACUCGGAGCUCCAUCAGCGCGCUAUUGUCACCAUGGGGGACAUGCUGGCUGGGAAAGGGCUGGUGGAGGCUGCUCACUUUUGCUACCUCAUGGCUCACGUGCCCUUCGGUCACUACACGGUGAAGACAGACCAUCUGGCCUUGCUGGGCAGCAGCCACAGUCAAGCGUUUUUGACAUUUGCAACCACAGAGGCAAUCCAGAGGACGGAGAUCUUCGAGUAUUGUCAGAUGCUGGGCCGCCCCAAAUCCUUCAUCCCUUCUUUCCAGGUGUAUAAACUCCUUUAUGCUUCACGGCUGGCAGAUUACGGCCUGGCAUCUCAGGCCCUGCAUUACUGUGAAGCCAUUGGCACGGCCCUCCUUAGCCAGGGAGAGAGCAGUCACCCUGUACUAUUAGUGGAACUCAUCAAGCUAGCAGAGAAACUGAAGUUGUCAGAUCCUUUGCUGUUAGAACGACGCCGCGGGGACAAGGACAAGGAGCCAGACUGGCUAGUGAGCCUGAGGAGUCUCCAGGAGCAAAAAGUACCAGCAGACACUGGGCAUCCUUAUUCUACUCACUCAGGAGCUAGAGGAGCCACAACUGAAAACCCUUCCUGUCAGGAUUGGUCGGGACAGCAAGGGGACUCAGAAGCUCUUGGUGGCCCCUCAACCCUGUGGCCAGCACCAGAAUUAACAGGCCCAGACCAGCCCUUUCCACUACUGCUGGGCUCCCACCCAGACGGAGGAGGUGCAGGACAGACUGGGGUCCCGGUGCCCCUUUAUUCGGUCCCCCUGACCCAUCAUCCCGGGACUGGUGGCAGUGUGGCAGUGACAGCAGCUCCUGGAGGAAGCUCCUGGGAGGAAAACCAGCAGAUGUACUCACCUCCUGGAGAGAAGACGGUGACUCAAGAAAACUUCCAGCAUCCCAGUGGUCCAAUGGGCAUCCCCCAGCCACAGGCGCCUCUGAUUCCUGGAGCAGGAAGUGUCGCUGAGAGUUCUGCAAAGGAGCAGGGUGAGGAGGAUUCCUCUGAUGAGACAGAUAAAAAGGCUUCCCAAAAGGCUGCACACAGAGAGAAGCAAGGCGAAGGGAAGGAGAACACAAAGAGCUCUGGGUUUGGCUGGUUCAGCUGGUUUCGCUCAAAACCCAGCAACGCAUCCCCUUCUGAGGACGAAGACUCAUCAGACAGCUCAGACUCUGAGCAGACCUCCAGAGCACCAUCUCCCACUCAGGCUGGCCCUGGUCCUUCACUGACACCAGUCCCCGAGGCCCGGCCUCUGCCAGGUACCAGCGCCUUCCCCCGGCGGUACCGGUACCACCAACCUGACGGCCUCUGGGCCAUCUGUGAGCAUGAAGUCCCAGGAUCGGUGUUCAGGGGGGGAGCAGCUGAGAGUACUGGAAAUGGAGGCCUGUCCGGGCCUGAGGGUGUUUCUUCAGAGAUCUACUUCAACCCUGGCCCUCUGCUGCCUCCCCCCACCUUCAGUGGGGCUGUUCCUCUUUACAACCCAUCUCAGGUCCCUCAGCUCUCCACGACCACUGGCCUGAACCGGCCCAAUCGCCUAGCUCAGCGUCGCUAUCCAACCCAGCCUCGAUGAGAAGUCCCAUCUGGGAUACAACUUUUAUAUUGUUCUUUCGGAACCUCCCCAUCCUUCUGGCAUAGAAGGGUUCUCAAGAUGAUUGUGCAAGUCUGUUGCCAGGCCUGGGCACUUAAAAGGCAAGAGGAUAGAGACUCCCAGGACACAACUCUGUCUAAGCUCUUAAGAUUAGCUUCAGAUCAAUGGAAAUGGAUUCAACAGAUGGGAAAGCUGGUAUGGAAGAGUUGGGGUGAGCAGAAUGUCAUGCCAGCAGUAUUUAGGGUGGAGGCUUCACAUUUUCAGGACAGUCAGAGGCUAUAAACACCAUUGCCCAGGUCAACAGCCCUGGGCUCUGCAGUGUGAAAUUAUUGAGGACCAUAUUCUGGACUAACUCUGACUCUCCCUUCAUCACAGUUACAGACCAAUUAACAGCUCUAGUUAGCCACGUCUUUAUAGUGAAAGUUGAUUAUUGUUUCCUGUCAUAAUUCCUUCCUCAGUGACAUUUUCAGCAGUUUCCCUCUUGGUCCUUAUUUUGUGCCCAUUAAAAAAAAUGUGGUUCAAAUUAAUUAUAUUUCUCUCACUUUCUUAGCUGGUCCUAUUUUUCACAUUCUGGCAUCUGGCUAUCAAGUUAGAUAGUAGGCAUCAUAUUGUCAUGGUAACUACUGAACCUCGUGAUGCAG